UAACACCCCACAUUGGUGGGAUUUUGGGCCCAACCGCGUACGGUCACACCAUUAGCAGAGCGCAAACAAAAUACGUACUUUUCUGCUAGCAAAGUGUCCAAAAAUCGCAGCGCAGGGAGUCCCAGUGUCCGAUGUAAAUGGUUAAAUAAAUUGACAAGUCGAAAUCCAACAGAUUAACUCGAAAGAAUUCCCCAACGGAGGCAAGCACACAGCCGGCGAAGCACACAGACAGUAAACGGGAUAGCUGGCAAGGAUUCCAGAUACCAGAAUGGGCGGAUCGGCAGUGCAGGUGAUCAACGCGUCCGAGGAGCACACAUUUGUGCUCAACGAGGAUGCGUUGAGUGAGGUCCUCAUGCGGGAUGAGGUCAAGGAUCGCUUCGUCUGCGUCGUUUCCGUGGCGGGAGCCUUCCGAAAGGGCAAGAGCUUCCUGCUGGACUUCUUUCUGCGCUACAUGUAUUCAAAGUAUGUGCAUCACGAUGCGACAGACUGGCUGGGAGGCGAAUCAGAUCCGCUGGAGGGAUUCUCCUGGCGCGGCGGCUCCGAACGCGACACCACCGGCAUUCUCAUGUGGUCCGACAUAUUCCUGCACGACUAUCCCAACGGCGACAAGAUUGCCAUCAUUCUGCUGGACACACAGGGCGCCUUCGACAGCCAGAGCACCGUGCGCGAUUGUGCCACCGUGUUUGCGUUGAGCACAAUGCUGUCCUCGGUCCAGAUAUACAACCUGUCACAGAACAUCCAGGAGGACGAUCUGCAGCACCUGCAGCUCUUCACCGAGUAUGGCCGCUUGGCUCUGGCCGACACCGGCAAAAAGCCGUUCCAGCGGCUGCAGUUCCUCGUCCGGGACUGGAGCUUUCCCUACGAAGCGGAGUACGGUGCACUGGGCGGUGAUAAGAUUCUGAAACGACGUCUGGAGGUGUCCGAUAAACAGCACCCAGAACUACAGUCCCUGCGUCGCCAUAUUUCGUCCUGUUUCACGGAGGUGGCCUGCUUCCUGAUGCCCCAUCCAGGCCUCAAUGUAGCCACCAAUCCCAAAUUUGACGGUCGGCUGCAGGACAUUACGCCCGAGUUCAAGAACAGCCUGCGCUCCCUGGUGCCCAUGCUGCUGGCACCGGACAACCUGGUCUACAAGGAGAUCAGCGGACAACGGGUGCGCGCUCGCGAUCUCAUUCAGUACUUCCAAUCGUACAUGAACAUCUACAAGGGAAACGAGCUGCCCGAGCCGAAGAGCAUGCUGGUGGCCACCGCCGAGGCCAACCAUUUGACCGCCGUGGCCGCCGCCAAGGAGCUGUACGGACAGCUCAUGGAGGAGGUAUGCGGCGGAACGCGGCCGUACUUAAGCACCGCUCACCUGCAGACGGAGCACUUGCGGGUGAAGGACAAGGCACUGUUCCAGUUUGCGGCGAAGCGCAAAAUGGGCGGCGAGGAGUUCACCGAGAAAUUCCGCAAGCAACUGGAAGAUGAUCUCGAGGAGGUCUUCAGCAACUACCAAGCGCACAACGAGAGCAAGAACAUCUUCAAAGCGGCACGAACCCCAGCGGUGUACUUCGCCUGCGCCGUCAUCAUGUACAUCCUCAGCGGCAUCUUCGGAUUGGUGGGUCUCUACACCUUCGCCAACUUCUGCAAUCUGGUCAUGGGUGUGGCGCUGCUCACGCUGGCUCUGUGGGCCUACAUCAGAUAUAGCGGAGAGCUCAGUGACUUUGGCGGCAAGUUGGAUGACUUUGCAACGCUAAUGUGGGAGAAAUUCAUGCGACCCAUCUAUCACGGCUGCAUGGAGAAGGGCAUCCAGCAUGUGGCCACCCAUGCGACCGAAAUGGCUGUGGGCGGAGGCGCUGCCUCCUACCGCUCCCAAUCCUCGGUGAAUGCGUCCAAUGGCAAGGUGAAGCGGUCAUGAGAAUACGCCCAAGGAGCGCAGCGCAAGACGCAGCAGACGGUGCCGUCGCAGCCGCCGUCGGCAAAACCCAACAACAACAAUAAUAAUAAUAACAACAACAACAUCAACAACAAUGUGGCAUAUAAAUCAAACAGGAGCAACAACAUUAACGAGGCCGACGGUUUCAUCCACAACAUCUGGCGCAAGUUCGGCGGCAGCAACGAAGAGAAGGCUAAAGUCAGCGUCCAAACUCCAACGGCCCCAUCCGCUUCCCAGGCGCCAAAUAGUCGCAAAAAGCGCAAAGCGAAGCGCAAUUAGGUGUCCAUGGACCGACCAGUAGAAUGGUUCGAUUAUUGAGAGGACGACCCCUUCUAAUUUGUAUAAAUCUAAACCCCUCUAUAGUGCGAGAGAACCGGAAACACAAACGUCUAGCUAUUAAUUGCCCUUCAAGGAAAGUUGUUUUUAUAUAUUGCAUUAAUUGAAGUGUAGAUCGUCUAUAUUACGUAUCUUUAAGAGUAAGUGCAUCAUUAGUAAGUGGCUUGUGUCUGUUGAAAAAGUGAAAUUUUAAAUUGUUUUUUACAAACGAUAUGCGUCUGAAACGGAUAUAUGAAAUUUAACGCUGUAAUAUAAAGAAAUCGCUAACGAA